AUGGAUCCCUACGACAGCGACUCCUCCUUCGACGAUGAGGGGGACUUCAGCGAGACCAACGUGCUGCUGGGCUACGCAGCCGACGAGAUUGUAGAAGAUACCAUCAGUCAUCUGGGAGGCUGGCCAACCUGGCUCGACGACGCUACCCCGCCUCCCGGCGACUUCGCCAAAUGCAAAGUCUGCAACCAGCCCAUGCUCCUCCUCCUCGAACUGCACGGCGACCUCCCCAACGACUUCCCUGACGAUGAGCGCCGCCUCUACAUCUUCUCCUGCCCCCGCAAAGCCUGCAACCGCAAACCAGGCAGUAUCCGGGCUCUGCGCGCCACCAGAAAGCUGAAGAUCGAGCCCCAACAACAGCCUCCCCGCCAGAGGGAAGAACAAAAGCCAGAGCCCCCGAAAGAAGAAGAAGAGAAGAAGCCCGCCGCAGCAAAGCCAGACCUCGGAGCCAGCCUAUUCGGCUCCUCCACUCUCACCGGCAGCGUCUCCGCCAGCGCAAACCCCUUCUCCUCCGGCGCUUCCUCCACUAGCAACAACAACAACCCAUUCGCAGCCCCAGCACCCUCCCCCAGCCUCGCCGCCAAACCGACCCCCUCCCCAGCACCUACCCUCUCCGAAUCCUUUGCCGACAAAGUCCGCAUCUCCUCUCCUCAACAACAACAACAACAACCCAAAACCAACCUCAUCCCACCCCCCGAAGCCUCCACCGGCCCCAGCACCCCCUGGCCCGCCCAAUCCGACUUCCCAGCCCCUUACACGAACUUCUAUCUCGAUGCCGAAUACGAAACCAUGUCUCGUCCCUCCACUCCCACUAUCCCUGCCAACGUGACAAUUGACAACACAGAAGAAGGUCCCAACGGCGGCGCAGCGGAGCUGAAGGACACCUUUGAAUCCGAGCUCGAUAAGGCCUUCAUCCGCUUCUCUACUCGUCUAGGCCAUAACCCUGAACAAGUGUUGAGAUAUGAAUUCCGUGGUUCACCAUUGCUCUAUUCCCAUGCUGAUGCGGUGGGCAAGCGGCUUCAUGAUCCGUCGAAGACAGCGAACCCCAGUGCCAAGGUUACGACGGUUGGUGGAGGGAGUCGCAUGCCUCGCUGUGAGUAUUGUGGUAGUGAGCGCGUGUUUGAGUUGCAGCUUGUGCCGCAUGCUAUUAGCGUGUUGGAGGAGGGGAGGGAGGGGGUUGGGCUUGGACCCAAGGAUGAUGCUGGUAUGGAGUGGGGGACGAUUAUCUUGGGAGUUUGUGGGAAGGAUUGCGGUCCUAACCAGGUUGGGGUUGUUGGGUAUAGAGAGGAGUGGGCUGGUGUGCAGUGGGAGGAACCGACGAAGUAA